CCAGGGUGACAGAAAAACACUUGUUAUUUAUGUUAACAUAUAAUGGGUUUAUUAUUUAAAUUAACAUAUAAAUUUGUGCUUAGUUUUAAUUUCAGCUGUAGCAAAUACUAAUAGGCAAAACCACAUAAACAGAAACCCCUUAGGGUUCUCAUUUUUCAGUUGUAAAAAGAUCCUAAGACCAGUUUGAGAACAGCUGUACUACCGAAAGUCCCUGAAAACAGGGAGCUAAUUGUUGGACGCUGUGCCCGGCUCUGCACGUCAUCUUCCCUCCUUAGUCCCUCAGCAGUCCUUUGGGGUUAGUGUAUUCUUUUCGUGUCUGUUUCACAAAUGAGGAAACUGAGGCACUGAGAAUGAAUACCAGGCACAGGUCUCACCAUGCGGAGGUGGGAGUGCCGGCACAUGGGGUUGUCCCAGACUGAUGUCGCUGUUCUCAAGCCAGGAGGAAGGCAGAGGCAGGGGGUGGCGGGGGAAGCCUGCUGUGUAUGCUCUGGUCCUCCGCCUAGUGUGCAGCACUCAGCCUAGCAGGGAGGUGUGUCUCCGUGCGCUGUCUCCUUUUCUGAGGCCCAGGAAGACAGGCAUAGGUUUGCUAUAGGAAAUCAGACUUUGUAACAGCAUGACUCUCUUGAGGCACAUGGGGUGUUGGUAUCCAGAAGUGUGCUUGGUCUUUGUAAAUAUCCCACAUUGUGCUGUUUUGGAGUGAAACAGCUUUGAAUACUGGCUCCAGCCAAACUGAGGAUGUGUGCACAUUACUUACCUUCUCAGAGCCUCAGUUUGCUAUCUGUACAACCAGGACAGUGAGACCUUAUAAAGAUGUUGAAAGGAUUGAAUGAAAGAAUGUAGGCAGGGCUCCUGCACAAACACUCACGUACAGCAGGGUGCUUGAAGAUAAUGUCACUUUGGACAGAGUUCAACAGGUCAGAAGGGUGUGCAGUGAAAACAGUCUCCCCUGCUCUCUCCACCAUAGCUAGCGGUAACUGAGUUCUUACACAGCCUGCCAGAGAUAUUUUGUGCACGUGCCAGUAGGUGUGUCUAUAUGACAUAUGUGGGUGUGUGAUUAGUGUGGUUUUUAACACGUCAAAGGUAACGUCUGAUACACAGCUGUUUCAUUUUAGCGCAGAAAGCCAGUCAUUUAGUUUUUUUUGACAGCUGUGUAGUACUCCAUCUGUGAAUGUACCCAGGUAGAUCUCACCAGGCCUCUUAUUCAUGAACAUUGUGGUUGUUCGUAUCCCUUGCUUUGUAACUGCUGCGGUGUAUAACCUCGCUCAUGUGCAGGUGUGAUGGAAGGGAAAUUUUCAGGAGUGGAAAUGCUGGGGCAGAGGGCACAUGCAUUUGUCAUUUUGUAAGAUGUUGCCCAAUUGUCCAAAGAGGUGGUGCCAGCUAUGCUCCCCCCGCUCAUCUCUCUCUGUGGGGAAAGACAGAGUUGUGCCUUGGGCUUUGAGAAUUGAGAGGCAUUCUCAUUCCGAUUCAGCAUCAGCUCGACAGCCUGGAGAAGAACAGCGCUUCUGGAGAACAGGAGAAAGAAAUUCACUACCAGCUGGUGCACCAUGUCGGUCAGUGUCCACGAGACCCGCAAGUCGCGGGGCAGCACAGGCUCCAUGAACGUCACCCUCUUCCACAAGGCCUCCCACCCGGACUGCGUGCUGGCCCACCUCAACACGCUGCGCAAGCACUGCAUGUUCACCGACGUCACGCUCUGGGCAGGCGACCGUGCCUUCCCCUGUCACCGUGCCGUGCUGGCCGCCUCCAGCCGCUACUUUGAGGCCAUGUUCAGCCACGGCCUGCGGGAGAGCAGGGACGACACUGUCAACUUCCAGGACAACCUGCACCCAGAGGUGCUGGAGCUGCUGCUGGACUUUGCCUACUCCUCCCGCAUCGCCAUCAACGAGGAGAACGCGGAGUCGCUGCUGGAGGCGGGCGACAUGCUGCAGUUCCACGACGUGCGGGACGCCGCCGCCGAGUUCCUGGAGAAGAACCUCUUCCCCUCCAACUGCCUGGCCAUGAUGCUGCUCUCGGACGCCCACCAGUGCCGCCGGCUGUACGAGUUCUCCUGGCGCAUGUGCCUGGUGCACUUUGAGACGGUGCGGCAGAGCGAGGACUUCAAUAGCCUGUCCAAGGACACGCUGCUGGACCUCAUCUCCAGCGAUGAGCUGGAGACCGAGGACGAGCGGGUAGUCUUCGAGGCCAUCCUCCAGUGGGUGAAGCACGACCUGGAGCCGCGGAAGGCCCACCUGCCCGAGCUCCUCCGCAGCGUGCGGCUGGCGCUGCUGCCGUCAGACUGCCUGCAGGAGGCCGUCUCCAGCGAGGCCCUCCUCAUGGCGGAUGAGCGCACCAAGCUCAUCAUAGACGAGGCCCUGCACUGCAAAACCAGGAUCCUGCAGAACGAUGGCGUGGUCACCAGCCCCUGUGCCCGGCCACGCAAGGCAGGCCACACGCUGCUCAUCCUUGGGGGCCAGACCUUCAUGUGCGACAAGAUCUACCAGGUGGACCACAAGGCCAAAGAGAUCAUCCCCAAGGCUGACCUGCCCAGCCCCCGCAAGGAGUUCAGCGCCUCGGCGAUCGGCUGCAAGGUCUAUGUGACGGGGGGCAGGGGCUCCGAGAACGGGGUCUCCAAGGACGUCUGGGUGUACAACACUGUCCAUGAGGAGUGGUCCAAGGCGGCGCCCAUGCUGAUUGCCCGCUUUGGCCAUGGCUCAGCUGAGCUGGAGAACUGCUUGUAUGUGGUGGGGGGACACACGUCCCUGGCAGGUGUCUUCCCGGCCUCACCUUCGGUCUCCCUGAAGCAAGUGGAGAAAUACGACCCUGGGGCCAACAAGUGGAUGAUGGUGGCCCCCCUGAGGGACGGCGUCAGCAAUGCUGCAGUGGUGAGCGCCAAGCUGAAGCUCUUUGUUUUUGGAGGAACCAGCAUCCACCGGGACAUGGUGUCCAAAGUCCAGUGCUAUGACCCCUCAGAGAAUAGGUGGACGAUCAAGGCUGAGUGCCCCCAGCCUUGGCGGUACACCGCCGCCGCUGUCCUGGGCAGCCAGAUCUUUAUCAUGGGGGGUGACACGGAAUUCACGGCUGCCUCGGCCUACCGCUUUGACUGUGAGACCAACCAGUGGACACGGAUUGGGGACAUGACCGCCAAGCGCAUGUCCUGCCACGCCCUGGCUUCCGGCAACAAGCUCUAUGUGGUCGGGGGCUACUUUGGGACCCAGAGGUGUAAGACCCUGGACUGCUAUGACCCCACUUCAGAUACAUGGAACUGCAUCACCACGGUGCCCUACUCACUCAUCCCCACGGCCUUCGUCAGCACCUGGAAGCACCUGCCCGCGUGAGGAGCACCUGCCGAGCCCAGCCAGACUGCGGCCCUCAGUGUCACAACGUGGCCUUGGCUUGUCUGCCACAGCGGGAGCUCAGCCAGCCCUGGGCCAGCACUCCGAGAGGUGGAAGGGGCUCCGCCAACUCUGGGGAGCAGCAGCCUUCAGCUGUUCUGAGCCUGAGGCGAGAAGAGAAGUGUCUCUUGCAGCUGUGCCCCCGGGGGCCUUCUCAGCUUUGCAGUGGUUUGUGGGAAGAGAUUCCUUCCAGAGGGGCAUAGAUGCCACCAGGACCGACCUUGGCCUCGGCGAGAAGGACGCCUUGAGAUCGAGAUCACCUUUUUGGCAGGUCCUGAACUGGGGCCCGGCAGGCAGGGGCAGGGAGGAGCCCUGGGUGGGCGUCAGGGCCCGCAGCACUGCUGGCACAGCCCGUUCCUCCCGGCCUGCCCUGCUGGGGCUGAAUUGCCAUCUGUAGAUGGUGUCCCAGGCCUGGGAAACCAGGUCCCAGGUUGAGACCAGAAAGGUGAUGAGGAGAGAACCUGGGACAGAUUUUAUAAGGGGCAGAAAUUCUGCAGGGGGCCUCAGUGACAUCCACAAGGACGCCCAGACCUCCAAGGUCUGUGGACCCCUCCUGCAAAGCUGUAAGUCCCAGCCCACCCACUCAGGGCCUUACCCAGUGCAUGGCCCGGUGGGAACACAGAUGAUCGUGCCCACUCACUGGAGCUGGGCCUGUGGCAGGGUCAAGGUUUCAAGUACCCUCAGGGACCUCCCCUCCUCAGAGCCCACCCUGAGAGGCAGCAGUGACCCCCAUCGCACACGCCUGCCGGCCGCACUGGGGGCUCCCUCCCAGCAGACCGCGCCAAGACCAGCAGCACUGGGGGCUCCCUCCCGGCAGACCGCACCAAGACCAGCAGCACUGGGGGCUCCCUCCCGGCAGACCUCGCCAAGACCAGCAGCACUGGGGGCUUCCUUCCAGCAGACCACGCCAAGACCAGGAGCAGGUGCAAGCUGGAGAUAGCAGAGGGACCCCAGGGUGUGCCCUGCAGAUGGCACCAGGGCCACAUCCGUCUCGUGUGGAGGACAGUGGCGUCCUCACCCCCCUCUUUUGUCUUGGGCCCUGUCUGCUCCCUGAGCUCCAGGAUAAGAAGAAUGGCCCCAAGGGACCUGCCUAGAUCUCUUCAUUGCUGUCACCUCCUCGGUCACUGGGGUCCCUCACCAGUACCUCCCUCACACCUGGGCUAUGGGGAGGUUGGCACCUGUCAGUGACUAGCCUAACACCUCUCGUCCACUCCAAGCCACCAUUUGAGGGGGGCGGAGGUGUUGGUAUCCUGGCAGGGGGCUGGGCAGGGUGUCUACACCUGUGGCUUCUCAGGCAUCUGCAGUGUGAACACCGCUUGGCUGGCUCGGGAUUAGGGCAGCAGUGGGGGCUGCGCCACAAAGCAGUUACUUAAGCAGCCCCGACUGUCCCUGUGCCUUGGUGGGGGUCCUGGAGGCCUCUUGGGGAGUGGGACCUUUGGGCAGGGUUGCCCACUGAUGCACUUCUGCCAUGGGGUGCUGGCUACAUGGAGCUCCAUGGACCUUAUAGACCCAGCAGAUCCCGCCUGAAGACACUUGGCUGUGGUCCCAGGGCAUGGCUCUGCCAGGCCUGCAGGGAGGGCGCCUGGACUUUAUCUUGGUUGAGAUAAAGCACACUUCUCACAUAGCACAAAGGACGUGCCGUGGUGCUUUCCCCAAAGUUGUGUUGCUUUUGUCAGUUUUUUUAGCUUAAUAAAAAGAGAAGUUUC